AUUUUUCACGUUAAAAGACACGUGUCACUCAAAUAUUUAAACGACAGUUCACGCGUGGCAUUUAAAGCAACCGUGUAGCUGCAGUUUCAUUCAUCUGUAAGUGAAUGUAAGUAAAGAUUCCUUUUUUAUGAAUCGAUGCGUUUCUGCAGUGCACACUGAAGCAUCACCUGUGACGCACGUCACGAGGAAUCCCACCGCUCGCAUCAUCAGCACCAGUGGGCGUGUCCUCAGUCUCCGGGCUUCAUUCAUAAACUCGAGCUCCCAUUAGGAUGAAAUAUAGCGCGUCUUCUGGAGGACCGUGCUAUUGGCGAGCGCUUAUAACGCGUCCCUCACACGGACAGCAUGAAUUACAAAUAGGUGUCACACAUUCAGUGUCGGAUCAUGAGUGAUGAGUCUCUGUUACAGACCCGCCGGACCACCGUGAGUCUGAAGAACACAACACCAAUAACAAAACAGAUCUUUGAUGAUGAAGAGAAGACUUCCUCAUGUGUGUGAUGCAUUUACAUUUAGCAGACGCUUUUAUCCAAAGUGACUUAUGUAAGAGAUCAUGUCCAGGCAGCCGGUUGUUAUCACAGAAAUAAGGGUCUUGUGUCUCACUGGAGGGGCUUAUUUCUGUGAUAACAGUCGGCUGCUUGUACAUUAUCCCGCUUAUUACACGGCUACUUGCCACAUGAGAAAAAACUGGACAUGAAAUGUGAAUUUGAAAUAUUUUAUUAGCUCAUUUUUACCGAAUGUAGACCUUCCGCGAGGAAAAGCCGUUUAGUUUCAGUUUUAAGGUAAGAAACGACGUUCAAAUGUCACGAACAGGCAAAUUGGUUGAAUCAUUUGUAAAUAUAAUGUCAUAUAUGUUAUUAAAAGACAUAUUUGUAGUUCAUUUGUAAAAAAACACCUGUCAAAAUGAUUUGCUGCAUCCGGGUUACCGUGUGUUAUUAGUUUUGAGCGGUUGUUAUCUGGGAAUAACGAACUUGCAAAUGUCGCGACUGGCCAAUCAGAAUGAAGCAUUCCAACCAGCUGUGUAAUAAAAAUGAGUUUACAAUAGAAGCAAUUUGAACAACAAAGCAUAAGUGCAGUAAAACUGGUCUGGUAUAGCCCAGCACAGUAUACACAGCUAGUUUUUGUCAAUAGAAAGUGUAAGACGUCACUGACCAGAUUCACUCUUCUAAACUCUUCAAGCACUCGCGGUGCAUUCUGAUGUGAUAUCAGAUCAUUCCUGGACAAUCACUUUAACCAUCACUACAUGCCAUCAACAUCUACUGGAGGCAUUUGUGUUUACUGUAACAAUUGUGAAAAGGCACAAUAGAAAUUAAAUAGAGAUGAAAGUUCACUCAAUCAAUUGUGUCUUAUUACUGCAAUGUGUGUGCGUGUUUGUGUGUGUGUGUGUGUGUGUGCGUGGUAUGGUUGUGGUGCGUGUGUGUCUGUGGUGUGUGUGUGUGUGUGGUAUGUGUGGGUGGUAUGCUUGUGGUGUGUGUCUGUGGUGUGUGUGUGUGCGUGCGUGCGUGGUAUGCUUGUGGUGUGUGUGCGUGUCUGUGGUGUGUGCGUGCGUGCGUGUUAUGCUUGUGGUGUGUGUGUGUGUGUGGUAUGUGUGCGUGGUAUGCUUGUGAUGUGUGCGCGCUGCAGGACGUGCCGCUGGCGUCAGACGCGCAGGAGAACUACAUUCUUCUGCUGGUGUUGUUGUGUGUGUUUGCUGGCGGGACUCUGAUGGUUCUCUCCAUUCUGCUCGUCUUCUGUCAUCGUUGCUGUGGACGACAGCGCAGACACUCCAGAGCCAGUGAGGACCAGGAGAAAACCAACACCACAUACAUCGAGGAGAGUCAACCAGCACAGGACGUCAGCUGCGAGUCUGUCUCCAGUUGUCAUGGUGAUACAGAUGCUGAUCAUUUUCUGACUGUGGCCGGCGUGGCCCGACGGGUGUCGUUCAACGAGAACGCCAUCUAUGAGCCGAGCGCAAAAGACAAAGAGAGAGGACGCAGGUACACACUCACAGAUGGAGACUUCCAUCACCUGAAGAAAUCUCGACUGACACACGCACACAUGCAGCCGCCCGCUCUGAAGAUCAACACCAUACUGGAGUGUGACACGCCUGACAACAACAUCACAACUUCUGAUGACACCGCACACACACAUUCACUCGCCAUAUUCCAGCCGGUUGACAGUGUGUCUUCAGACUCAUGUGUCCUGUGGAUGAAUCAAAGCUGCGGUUCUGCUCUACCUGGAGACUCUCUGAACACCAGUGAACACACCAGCAAACCCCCAAACCGAUCGCAGACCCUGGAGAUGUUGAACAGAAACACACUGACGGAUGGAGAUCCGGUCAUCACGGGCACGGCGGGCGGCGGUCCGGCUCUGACUCAGGGCAGCGUGUUUAAUUUCCUGUCGAAACUCCGCCGUCAUGCCAGUCUGGAAGGUGCCGGUCCGUUCUACAGCGUGAAGAAGUGGAGCUUUGACAGCGUCCAGAGAGCCGCCAGUCUGGACACCAGAGGUUCUCCUCGCAGAUGUGCGUUUCGGAGGCAGAGAGCGGCCAGCGAGACUUCAGAAGAAGAACAUCUGCAGACCGACUUUCUGUUGAGAAAUCAUCCUGUUCGUCCAAAGAAAGAUCCACCGAGACGUCUUUCAGCUGGAUCUCUGGAGCCCGACGCAGAACCUGAACUCAGCAGGAUGGAGGUGGAGAGAGUGACGGAGCUCAGAUGCGGCACAGAAACAGAUCCACCAUCCCCUCUGGAGGUGAAGAGCGCUGAGGAGAACGGACACACAUCUGAGGAGUUUGGAGCGGCGAGCCGUCAGGAGAGUUUGGAGCAGCCCAGUUUGUAUCGUGACAUCUGGAGCCUGAGAGCGUCGCUGGAGCACUACGCCUCCUCCGACCUCAGCAGUAAUGACACGCGCAGCGACGCCGACAGCGUCUGUUCCGUAGGGCCGUCCAGAGCCGGCGUCUCCAGCUUCAGGUCGCAAGACAUAGACGACGACAUGGACGGAGACGGCGAGCUGCCGUACGACGAAGGGCCGCAGAGAAAUGGACGGGACAGCGUCGACGGAGAAGCCGGCAACAGGAAACUCCUGCAGAUGGACAGCGGUUACGCCUCCAUCGAGGCUCCGUACAAACCUCCGGAGGAAUUCCGUCUGUUCGGAAGUGCUUCUGGAAAGACCGCUUCGGAGCGCCGCCGCUUCUUCACCAGCGCCGGGCGGAAGGGUACGGUCUGUGAGAGUUUUGACGCGCGGCUGUUCAAAGAGGAACUGGAGGACGAGGUGAGUCGGGAGGCCGAGAGUUCCCUCGGAGGAGCCGCAGUCAAACCCAGAGUGGCCUUCCGCCGCCGAGACUACAGCAUCGACGAGAAAACAGAGGCACUGUUUAAUGAAUUCUUACGUCACGAUCCUCACUUGGAUCAGCAGGGGUCGCCUUCGCUCAGACACCGUCACCGCUCCCGCGUUCACCUGAGGAAACAGUGGCAGCGCAGUAAACAGUACAGCGACCCCGGAGCCGCCCGAUACUCGCCGUCACUGGAGCGUCAGCGCUGCUACCCGCUCCGCCGAGGAGACAGCGCCAACUACCCUCUGGACACCAGAUAUCACAGCACGCUGCCACGCAUCGCCAGUGCCGCCGACGAGGAGGCCAGCGAGGGAGCGGGCGCCACCCAAUCUCCCGGCCCGUCCUCACAGACUGAAGGUUCUGCUCCGGACCCAGAGGAAAACGCAAACAACACGAGCCGCCGCUUCUCUUCAGAUCGUCUGCAGGAUUGUGCGAUACAGGAGAGACGUGCAGACACACAUAAACAUUCAGAGACCUCGGAUCCGCAUUCAGGCUGCGUGCAGCAUCACAUCAACACAAACCUGUCAGACAAACUGAUGACCGAUCUCGAAGACCGGCUCUACUCCGGUAUGAGGACUCACACGAGCCAAGAGCGCACAGUGAGCGUGAGCCGCACCUCACCGGACCUGGAGGAAGAAUAAAUCAUCUCAUGACAGACAAACACAACUCACAUCUGCUCUUCUUAAAGAUCACAUUCACGAGGAAAUCAGUCCAGACGACGAAAUGACAGUGUGAUUAAAUCUGUCGUAACACAAAACAUGAGAAGAAAUCAAAUGAUGUCCAGCAGCAUGUUUUAUACAGUAUAGGGUUUAUUUAUUAUCGUCGGCUCCGAUGAAAAUGUUUAAUUCAUCUCAACAGAAUGAAAAUCUCCCAUUAUGUACAUCCAUCCCAGAAUGCAUUGCUCCUCAUAUCACUGUUUCUUCAUUUAUAAUCGGUGACAAGUAUCUUUAAUAAAAGCAGGUUACAUGAACCUCAUUGAACUCAUUUAACCCCCCCCACACACGUCUGGUUUAUUAUCUCCGUGGGGAAAGUAAUGUUUUUAUACUGUACAAACUGUAUAUUCUAUCCCCUAUCCCUAACCCUAUCCCUAAACCUAAAGAUCAUAGAACACUUUUUGCAUUUUUAGAUUUGUAAAAAAUAUCGUUCUGUAAAAUUUAUAAGCUUUUGUGCCCAUGAGGACCUCAAUUUUGGUCCCCACGGUGACACGAGUCCCCAUGUGUUGUGUGUAUUCAGGUUUAGGUCCCCACCGGGAUAUACAAACAUGAACACACACACACACCACAUGAUGCACUUUUUUCUUGUAUUUGUGUUUUCACACUAGCUCAAAGCUGAGACGUCUGACUGUGAAUAAAUAAAAGAGAAACGUUUCUUUUUUGAUGAUUAUUUGACUGAUUUAAAGAGUUUUGAUUGAUCCAUUCACUCUCAGCGUAUCACAUACUUUUCUUUCUCAUAAUCAUCCCAUCAUACACACAUCACAUGUUAAAUCUUGGAAGUUGUGAACGUACAGCUGUUGGCCACAGAUCGAUGGACGGUCUCAUUUUGUUAUUAAGAAUAAUGGCUUUUUAAAAACUAUUUACAAUAAACGCUGCAAUAUUUCAUGAAAAAAGGCGUUGUAAUCAGCGUUUAUAGUAAACAGCUUUUCAAUGUGGGCCGUUCUCUUUUUAAAAUUCAUUCCUCAUAAUCUUCAGUUAAAAUCUGAAAAGGCACGUCCGCCCUGUAGUGACAAUUCAUCUCAAAUGACGUGUGUUAGACGGUUUGGGUGGAGCCUCCGUUAACUCCUCCCCUUCGAAUGUCAGUCUGCUGCCAAUUCUAGCUGUUUUUACACAUACAAUCAAUUCGCAAAGACGAAAGCCACGCCCACUAUUCUUCUCCUUUGAAAUUCCUUUUCACUCAGAAAUGUCAAAAUACGGAAGUAAAAACGAUCGCAACUUCCGGUUCACAGGGACGUUAAACGUCACUAUGGGAAAGGACUGUUGCCAUGGAAACAGAUGGAGGCGAUCAAUGACCAUAAUUCUGCACGAUCCUCCCAUUACUUUCACUCGUAUCAUGUUUUCAUCAGACUUUUUUUACACAAUUCUGCAACGGACCACAAAUAACAUGAUCACCAGCAGUCAGAGAGGGCGGAGCCUCUCGAGUCAUGACGUCAUUUCUGGCUUCCUAUAUACAGAAGCUUGCUUUUCUUUUGUGACAUUAUUGACACAGAGAUAAAGUGAGUAUUCAUGACGUCAUUAUCCUGAUCACGUACACACAAAUUCAACAAUAACACGUGUGUGUGUGUGUGUGUGUGUGAUACAGUGGAGAUCAGAAAACUUGAGCGUUAUCGACACACACACACAUCAUCAUCAUCAUCAUUCACGUUUAUUCAAAACCUCUGUUUGAGUUUUGAUUCUUUCGGUUUGUUUGUCUUGUCCUGAUAAUGAACAAACAUGUUUUCUUCAGAUAUGGAGUGACCAGCAGAAAUCUUUUGUAUACAUCAGAAAUCUCUGUUGAAAAUGUCGACAUUGACCCGAUUAAGCCUUGAGUGAUGUUCAGGUCUGUGAGACAACCUCACACAUUUGAUAAACCAGCUUUUCUUUCUUGUACUUAAAACCAAAAACACGAGUAACAAACACAAGGGUCAAAGAAACAAACGUGUGUGUAAACUGUAAAGGCAUCUCACUCAAAGUUCUGCAUCGACUUCAACGCAACGACGACCGCAACUCAUGGAUUUAUGCCACAUUUGCUUCUUUCCGAUGUGAAAACUGAUCGACAACGUAAUAAAGCAAUAAGUGAAUAAUGGUUGACGGUAGUCAAAUCUGUGAAUUACUGCGUGUUUGAUCUGUGUGACGUGUGAUGAAUGAAUGUGAAGGUGUUGAGCAUCAUGAGCAGAAUAUUGAAUCAGAAGAUGAAAGCUGUGUGUUUCUGCAGCGAUGAGUCACACGCACGCACAGCUUUCAAACCUUUUUAUUUCUCCCACAAGCUCCAUUUAUAAUCUUACUCAAGUAGAUUUGCACCAAAACUCCAUUCAACAGAUUUUCUCUGACCGUACAAUUAGACUGUCGGUUAUUUGCUGGUGUGUCUUGAAGAAAAGGGAAAUAAAGGGAAAGGUUUUGCAGGUUAGUUUAGAGUAAAUGCUUGAAUAUAUGGGGAUUAUGUGUUUGCUCACGGUCUGAGCCCUUUAAUCAGAGGAAAGACACAAAUCAAUGAAACUAAAGACUUUUCUCCCACAAACAAGCAAACAAACGACCAUCAACUCCGCUUCGGUUGGGAUGUGUUUUAUAUAAACAAUACUUUAAAAAUAUUGAAC